AUUUAGUACCUUGUGGGGUAUGGUAGCUAUUUGGAUCUCGCUAAAUUAGAUCUUAGAUAUCAAGAUGUCUUCACCUUUAUCUGUGGAAGAGAUGGAGGUAGUGCUUCAAAGAUUCUCUCUGGCAGAUUACAUAGUUUUUGUGUUGUUACUUGCCGUUUGUGCUGUCAUCGGGAUCUAUUUUGGGUUUAUUGAUAAAGCUGAGUCACCUGAAGAUUACUUGGUGGGCGGCAGAAAAAUGACUCUGAUACCGAUCUCAUUGUCGUUAAUAGCAAGUUACAUAUCCGGCAUCACCCUACUGGGGACCCCCACAGAAGUGUAUGUAUAUGGCAUACAGUACUCGUACACAGUAGGUGGGGCCUUUGCUAUGGGCUUCCUCAUGAGCAUGGGAUACUUACCAGUGUUUCAUGACCUCAAGGUCACUUCCUCCUAUGAGUAUUUGGCUCUCAGAUUUGAUCGAAGGGUACGACUACUAGGAUCCACUCUAUUCUGUAUAUCCAUUUUAAUCUGGCUGCCUUUGGUGGUUUACGUUCCAGCUUUGGCUUUUAACCAAGUGUCUGGUAUCAACGUACACAUUGUCACCCCCGCAGUCUGUGUGAUCUGCAUAUUUUAUACAUGUGUGGGUGGAAUAAAGGCAGUUGUAUGGACCGACGCUGUUCAGACGUUCUCUAUGUUUGGAGCAAUGCUUCUGGUCAUCUUCAAAGGAACUCUCGAUGUCGGAGGGUUCGAUGAAGUCAUCAAGCGGAAUUUAGAGACCUAUAGGAUUGAAGGUCCUGAAUGGAGCACUAGCCUAACUACUCGUCACACAAUCUGGGGUGUUGUGAUUGGAGGAUGUAUAGGAUGGCUGCAGACCAAUGCUGUCAGUCAGACCAUGAUCCAACGCUACCUAGCUCUGCCCACCAAGCAACAGGCAGUCAAGGCUGUAUGGAUUUUUGUGUUUGGUACUUCGUGCCUGGUCGUACUCUGCACUUACAGUGGCUUAGUAAUCCACGCAAAAUACUUUGACUGUGAUCCAUUGACUACCCAGUUGGCCAAGGCGAAGGACCAACUGCUUCCCCUGCUGGUGAUGGAUACUCUAGGCUCUAUACCAGGGCUGCCUGGUCUCUUCGUGGCAGGAGUCUUCAGUGCUGCUCUCAGCUCCAUGUCAACUGGUCUCAACUCUAUGGCAGCCGUGGUAUUGGAGGACUUCUACAAGCCAUAUGUAGACGCCAGGCCGAGUGAGCGACACAGCAACAUGUUGGUCAGAUGUGUUGUUGUUGUUGUGGGCGUCGUCUGCGUGUUGAUGGUCAAUGUGGUCGAGAAACUGGGUGCUGUGCUGCAGCUAGCAAUCAGUCUGAGCUCAAUCCCAAAUGGACCAUCAAUCGCUAUCUUCACCAUGGGAAUGUUUAUCCCUUGUAUAAAUUCUACUGGUGCGUUGGCUGGAGGGGUGGUGGGUCUUAUUUUCACAGGUUGGAUGGUAAUUGGAGCACAAUAUGCCAUAGCCCAAGGCCAACUUCAGUUUGAGCCCAAGCCUGUUUCUUCAGCUGGUUGUCACUAUGCAUUCAACAUAAGCCACUCUGCCUCGACUACCAGUGAUGUGCUGCAAAAAGAAGUGUGGCCGCUGUAUCAGGUGUCUUACAUGUGGUACACUCUGAUAGGAGCAUCUGUCUCUAUAUCAGUAGCUCUACUCAUCAGUCUUUGCCUACCUGGACAGAAACAAGAGUCUCUUCCACUCAAACUCUUCUCUCCUCUCAUCCGCAGGUUUCUACCAGCUGAUAAUGAAAAGAAGAUGAAAUACGAUGUGCCUGUCAUCAGUAUAUCCCAAGACAACAGCUGAAAUUGAAUAUUUUUAUUACGACCAGUAUUCUAAGCAAUAAUAAACGGAACAAAGAAGUUCAAUUCAUGUAUAUAAUACACAUUUUUUAA